UCCUCUUCUAUUGAAUCUCAGAGUUGGCCGUGACGCGCGGCCCAGGGGAAGAACCACAUAGAUCUCACCAGAAUGCAACCACCAUCGAGCUUUCUGACCCAACGACUUGUGUAUGGGAAUCACUUUGCGCGCUUCGCUUUUUGAGAGAAACUUACUUUUUUUAAGAGACGCGGUGAGUGUGGAGGAAGCGGCGGAGACCUCCGGAUCACGAAAUGUUGGGAUGGAAGGCGCAGACUUUGACUCGCCGUCUCCAACAGGAGUAUGAAGUCCUACUUCACGGGUGUGAAAGCUCCGAGAGUGAAACUUUGUUGCCUUGGGAUAUCGCUACACGCUUUCGGGGAAAUACUAUAAAGUGGGAAACGGUUACCACCUCGCAGUCCCCGCAACAUGGCCUCGGCUGCUAAUGCGUCCGAGCAGGAAAACAGAGACCCCGAUCGGCCGAGGAUAACGCGGAGGAACAGGGGGGACUAUACCCGCAACACACCGCUGGAUUUGGAGUAUUUGCAGCGGCCGAGUUACUGCGAUGCGGGCUUUGCUUUGGAGCAAAUAUCCGAGGGGAAAGCGACGGGGAGGAAAGCACCUCUAUGGCUGAGAGCGAAGUUCCAGAGACUUCUGUUUAGGCUGGGCUGUUACAUACAAAAGAACUGCGGAAAGUUUUUGUUUGUGGGCCUCAUGAUUUUUGGAGCUUUCGCUGUGGGCUUACGGGCAGCUAAUUUGGAGACGGAUGUGGAGAAACUCUGGGUGGAAGUCGGUGGACGCGUGAACCAGGAGCUGAAGUACACACGUCAGAAGAUAGGUGAAGAGGCCAUGUUUAACCCACAGCUGAUGAUCCAGACGCCGCGGGAAGAGGGAGCAAAUGUUUUAACAGUGGAGGCGCUUCUGCAGCACCUGGAGUCAGCUAUCCGAGCCAGCAGAGUCCAUGUUUACCUUUAUAACAGACAAUGGAAAUUAGAACAUUUAUGCUACAAAUCAGGAGAACUAGUCACAGAAACUCAUUUUGUGGAUCAGAUCAUAGAAAAGCUACACCCCUGCCUCAUCAUCACCCCUUUGGACUGUUUCUGGGAGGGAGCCAAGCUUCAAUCUGGAACAGUCUAUCUCCCAGGGAAAGACCCCUUGCAGUGGGCUAACUUUGACCCCAAGGAGUUCUUGGAGGAACUGCGAACACUAAACUUACACGUGGAAAGCUUUGAGGACAUGUUGGAAAAGGCAGAUGUUGGGCAUGGCUACAUGGAUAGGCCCUGUCUAAACCCUGCUAACCCUGACUGCCCCCUCACUGCCCCCAACAAGAACUCAACUAAGCCAUUCGACGUGGCACGGGCCCUGACUGGCGGCUGUCACGGUCUGUCCAGGAAGUACAUGCACUGGCAGGAGGAACUGAUUGUAGGCGGGACCACCAAGAACGGCAGUGGACCCCUGCUCAGUGCCCAGGCCUUACAGACCAUGUUCCAGCUGAUGACUCCCAAGCAGAUGUUUGAGCACUUUCGGGGCUACGAGGAGGUUUCCCACAUCAACUGGAAUGAAGAAAAGGCUGCAGCCAUACUGGAAGCCUGGCAGAGGAGAUACUCUGAGGCUGUGCUGCAGAGUGUGGCAGCAAACUCGUCUCAGAAGGUAUUGACUUUCACCACCACGACUCUGGAAGAUAUUCUCAAGUCAUUCUCUAACAUCAGUGUCAUCCGUGUGGCCAGUGGGUACCUGCUGAUGCUGGCCUACGCAUGUCUGACCAUGUUGCGGUGGGACUGUGCCAAGUCUCAGGGGGCUGUAGGGCUGGCAGGUGUCCUGCUAGUUACACUGUCUGUGGCAGCCGGCCUGGGCCUCUGCUCUCUGCUGGGCAUCUCCUUCAAUGCUGCCACCACACAGGUACUACCCUUCUUGGCCCUCGGUGUCGGAGUGGACGAUGUCUUUCUCCUCGCACAUGCCUUUAGUGAGACGGGGCAGAAUAAGAGGAUCCCUUUCGAGGAUCGUACAGGGGAGUGUCUGAAAAGGACCGGGGCCAGCGUGGCUCUCACCUCCAUCAGUAAUGUCACAGCAUUUUUCAUGGCAGCUCUUAUCCCCAUCCCGGCACUCCGAGCCUUUUCCCUCCAGGCUGCAGUGGUGGUAGUGUUUAACUUUGCCAUGGUGCUGCUCAUCUUCCCCGCUAUCCUCAGUAUGGACCUCUACAGACGAGAAGACCGACGUUUUGACAUUUUCUGCUGCUUCUACAGCCCAUGUGCCAAUCGUGUGAUCCAGAUUGAGCCUCAGGCAUACCUGGACGGGGCAGACGGGAGUCGCUACAGCCCUCCACCAUCCUACCGAACCCCUCCUCCCUCAUAUCGCACACCUCCCCCGAGGUACAGCAGUCCCCCUCCUUCCUACAGCAGCCAUGGCUUCGCCCAGCAGACCCAGAUCACCAUGCAGUCCACCGUGCAGCUCAGGACUGAGUAUGACCCCCGGACUCAGGCCUUUUAUACCACAGCUGAACCCAGAUCCCAAAUAUCUGUCCAACCCAUUAACACAGCUCCGGCAAGAAGCAACCCUAAUAAUGAAUAUUACAGCAGCAACACCAACGGCAGCAGGAGCAGCAGCAGCAGCACACAUGCUAAUCUGAACAACAACAAUACCGGAAACCGCGGCACUGGAGGAUCUCGUAGUUCUACAGCAUUUACCCACCAUCAUCCUGCACCCCCACCCCCCACCACAACUUUUAGUUGCAGUUCAGGUCCUCAGGGGGACACAGCCUCAUCAACUGGCCAGAGUCCAGAGAAUAACAGUUCAACACGGGACCUGUUGUCCCAGUUUGGAGAGGCUUCACUGGGCCUGCGCUGCAUCGAGCCUCCUUGCUCCCGUUGGACCCUGGCAUCUUUUGCUGAAAAGCACUAUGCUCCAUUUCUUCUGCAACCGACCACCAAGGUGGUUGUGAUUGUGCUCUUCCUCUGCCUGCUGGGAGUCAGUUUAUACGGGACCACCCAGGUGAGGGAUGGCCUGGAGUUAACGGACAUUGUACCCAGAGAGACCAGCGAGUAUGAUUUCAUCGGCGCCCAGUUCAAGUUCUUCUCCUUCUACAACAUGUAUGUGGUGACACAGCGGGCUGACUAUGCCCAGAAUCAGCCUUUGCUCUACCAGCUCCACCAGAGGUUCCACACUGUUCGCUAUGUUCUGAAGGAGGACAAUGGACAGCUGCCUCGCAUGUGGCUUCACUACUUCAGGGACUGGUUACAAGGUCUCCAGCAAGCAUUUGACAAAGACUGGGAGGCUGGUCGCAUCACUUUCAACAAUUACAAAAAUGGGUCUGACGAUGGUGUUCUGGCGUACAAGCUCCUAGUGCAGACAGGACGCAGGGAGAAGCCCAUCAACUUCAACCAGCUCACUCGUCAGAGACUUGUGGAUGCAGAUGGGAUUAUCAACCCUGGAGCUUUUUACAUCUACCUAACAGCUUGGGUCAGCAAUGACCCUGUGGCAUACGCUGCCUCACAGGCCAACAUUCGCCCACACCCUCCUGAGUGGCUGCAUGACCGGACCGACUCCAUGCCCGAGACACGCCUCAGCAUCCCGGCUGCUGAGCCCAUCGAAUACGCACAGUUCCCCUUCUACCUCAACGGGCUCCGGGAGACACCACAGUUUGUGGAGGCCAUCGAGAGCGUGCGGGCUAUCUGCAGCAACUACAGCCGUCAAGGCCUGCCCUCCUACCCCAACGGCUACCCUUUCUUGUUCUGGGAACAGUAUGUUAGUCUGCGCCACUGGCUUCUGCUGUCCAUCAGCGUCGUGCUGGCUUGCACCUUUCUGGUCUGCGCCCUCUUCUUACUCAACCCAUGGACAGCUGGCAUCAUUGUGUUGGUGCUGUCUCUUAUGACUGUGGAACUGUUUGGCUUCAUGGGGCUGAUGGGUAUCAAGCUGAGUGCUGUCCCUGUGGUCAUUCUCAUUGCUUCCGUGGGCAUUGGAGUGGAGUUUACGGUCCAUGUGGCCCUGGCGUUUCUAACAGCCAUAGGAGAUCGUCACAAGCGGGCAGUUCUAGCGUUGGAGCACAUGUUUGCUCCAGUGCUCGAUGGAGCCUUUUCCACCUUAUUAGGUGUCCUCAUGCUUGCAGGGUCUGAGUUCGACUUUAUCGUCAGGUAUUUCUUUGCAGUGCUGGCCAUUCUUACAGUCCUUGGAGUACUAAAUGGAUUGGUCCUUCUUCCAGUAUUACUGUCAUACUUUGGGCCAUAUCCAGAGGUGUCUCCAGUUGAUGGUCGCAGCCGUUUACCCACCCCGUCCCCAGAGGCCCCUCCUCACGUUGUCCACUUCUCAGUCCGUCCUCACCACACCACUGCAGCAAACACAACCACCUCUGGUGCAGCUUCAGACUCGUCAGACUCAGAGUACAGCUCUAACACAACAGUGUCUGGUGUCAGCCAAGAGCUGCACUACAAUUCAAACAGGGGACCAGCAGAGGAGCAGCAACAGUACCACCUCCAAGCCAGAAGGGGCAGAGCUGUAAGGACAGAAGAGGAAAGGAGAGCAGGAUCAGGGUACAGGACUUCAGCCAGACAGCCUGACCCUCCAGCUUAUACUGUAUCCUCGUCUGUCCCCUCUCAGGGUUGUGACUCAGGGCCCCACACUGGGGCUACUCAGCGCAACAGCAACAGGGACCGCAAAAGCCAGUUGCACUGGCAGGCCCCACCCCCAGCCCAUCCGCGCAUGGACGCUUUUGAAACUGCUACUGAGGCUGGGGGCCAUUAUGGCUCACAUAGCCAUAGAGAACAUUCAGCAGGCCCCAGAGCCCGCCCUUCCCACAAUCCUCAGCCUAAUCAUAACCUCCUGCACCACCCCAACCCUACACCGUAUUGCCAACCAAUCACCACGGUAACUGCGUCGGCCUCUGUCACCGUCGCUGUCCACCCAGCUCCCUUGCCCACUCAGAGCCCUUCAGCAUCCUCUUACCCAGGAUACACUGCAACAGACAGUUACUGUUCAACAGGGCCAGAGGAGGCAGAACCUGCUUUCCAGGACCCACAUGUGCCACAGGACACCCACAUGGGGGCCAGAGGGGCCAAGGUGGAGUCCAUGGAGCUCCAGGAUUUGGAGUUUGAGGCAGUUGAGAUCAACAGUGGCAGGCGGGCUAGCUGAGUUAUGGUGAAAGAACUUACAACGGCCAAAGAUGGACUCCUCUGUAUUACCAAGCAGCUGACCAGGCCUGGCCCAGCCCAGCCCAGCCCGACUUGCAGCCUGACUCUUAAGUGGCAAGAAAAUGCCAGUGUUGUCGUCAUGGUGCUCAUUCUUACUGUAACCCUGUUGUCUUAGAUAUUUCUAUCUAUAUUUAAAAGAUGUACACAUAUGUAAAUAUGAACAAAAAGUAGCUAUAAUUUUAGGAGCUGUACAACUCCUCAUGUUAACAGACUGGGGCUGCCAUUUUAUAUGGUGUGAGUGUGUGUGUGUGCAUGCAUGUGUGUUUUUGUAUGUGUGUGUGUGAGGGAGAAAGUGAGAUUGAUAUCUGAUUACUGUUCACUCAUCUGUGGAUCUGUGCCAUUUGAAAGCUUCAUCCUAGACAAAAAUACCUGUCAGCAUUUACUGUUGCUGCUCAAAAUAUUUUUAAAUAAUAUACAUUUAUAACUCUAUGCAAAUGUUUUUUUAAACAAAAGAAGUCAUCUGUCACCACGUGUAUAUAUACAUACAAAUAAAUGUGUGUGCGUGUGUCU